GUUUUUCUGAAUAAAUUAUACAUAUUUCGAAAGUCAUCACCUCUAUUUUUAAUCUACAAAACAUCAAUUGAACGCCGUCGUUAUUCUCAGGAGCAAUGUAUCGCAAGAAUCGUGGCGGCAUAAUUGAACCAAACAACAUAUACUAUGACCAAGCAGCGUGAACAUCAAUUAGCAAUCAAACCAACAAGCUCCAUAAGUGUCGACCAUCAUUGAAGUGGUCCGGCAAUCGGGGAUGCACUUAUGCUGACUCGUCUCACACUGCAACCGGGAGAGAAGUGUGUCAUACGUGUGUGUCAUUAAGGAACCACAACCUUGUUUUUUUUUUUGCGCUAAUCGGUUAUGCGCUCUUAAUGAAGUCCUAGUGUGCGGAUUAAAACUACAAAAGGACCACGGGCUUAUGGGAGAUCCUGUUUUGUUGUUUGAGAUUUUUAUUUUAAUGCUCCCGUUGCAUUCAACCUGACGUUCGCAACAAAGUUUUAUGGUUUCAUUGAAGCAAUUCAAAGAAUAGGAGAAAUGCAGACCAAGUGGGAUAUGGAAGAGCCCAAGUUUUUCAUAUUUAAAAUUUAAUUAAGUUCGUUUGUGGUGUAUUUUGCCGAGUCCCAGAAGCGCGCGCUCGAAAAGAGAGCUAAAGUCUAAACAAAAGUGUGUGUGUGAUUUCGAAUUCGUGGCUCCGCACGGUGAAGUGGCGCUUUGCAGGGUGUAAUUAAAAAUUUCAGUUUCGCAUAAUUAAUAAUUUACGGUACGUUUGUGACGAGACGCAGAGAAAACGGAGGAAGAAAAAUAGUGAAUUUUAUAUCAAAGUGUUGUGCUGAUGAACGUGAAAGCUUGGUUUCGAGGCGCGAAUGUGCGAAAAUUGGCACUCUCGUUGUGGAGUUGUGGAUGCUGAUAUAUGUGGUCGAUGCGAAGACAUUUGUUGGAUUAAGAAGGUAGUAAAUUCAAAUGAGCGUUUCAAUGGGCUGCCCCUAAGUGCGGUUGAAAGAGUGAAUCUCCCGCCUCGAUUCGACUGAAAAUGGACCGCAAGAAUGGCACAAAGAUUCUGCAGUCAGCAUCGUCAACACGCCGGAAACUACCCGUCAAAGCAAACAUUCCCUCCGUCCAGUCGCAGCCGCAACAAAUCGGCGUUCAGCAAGAGACGAAACUCGGAAAAGCCACUUGCCUGCCGAAACUGGAAAGCGCUAUGAUGCAGCCUACAUUCGCUUCCGUACAUCGUCCCCGUCAGAUAAGCAGUGUUGCAGCCAUCAAACGGACGGGUUCCAGCACGAGGGCCGAUUGGGUGCAGCAUCAGCAGCAAAAAUUCGCCGCUGCUAGUCACUUUCGCCAAGACAACGCCUCCGGAACAGGAAAGGUUGAUUCAAUGAAUGAAAACAAUGCCGGAAUAUUUAAUCAACCCGUUCUGCUGCCGCUGCCUGUUCAAAUACCUGAUCCAUAUGCUAAUUCAGCUCCUUUCUAUGGACUCCACCAACAACAACAACAUCAACAGUUAGAAAAGCCUCCCACACAAAGGGUGGAUUGUCUGCAGCUGAACGAGCCAACAAAGUAUGGCGUAAAUCAGAAGCAUCCGCUAGUCGUGUCCAACCAAACGAUGACUCGACUGCCAAAACAGCAUCAGCAGUUGCAGGCUGCCAAAAUGACGCCAAAGUUGUUGAAUGACAUCUACGAGAAGCACUUGUUGAACCAGACAAUAUUCGAUGGAACCGGCGCUCUGGAAAUUCCCCAAAAUCCCCCGGUGGCGAAAGAGAUUCGCCGUUUCAGCGGCAGUGCUAAGUUAUCGGCAAUGACUACGCUGCCGCAUCAAAAUCAGACCAAUAAAUUGUCCAAAGAGAGCGCCCCGGAUAAUUUAUACGAAUCGAUUCGCAGCAAUCAUCAUAUCUACGAAAAAAUCGAUUCCCCAAACAAACGAAAUUCACGACUGGAGCAGUACGUGAGGCCUCCGCCCCCUCUGCAGCCCCGACCCAAAUCGCUUCCGGUGGGCGCUACUUUGGGUCCAAGCCAAACGUUGGCGCAGAGCACGAAUCAGCGCAAUUCGUCCGGCAUUCCCUACAAACUGGCCAAUCCGGAAGUGGCACGGGCAAUGAAGAGCCCUAUCGCUGUAAGCCUUUCCCCGAUAGCGGAAAAGCCAAACACGGGUGGCUCCGGGUUGCCCGUUUAUGGCGGCUUGAACGGUGGGGAUACGCAUAAAUCACUCAUUACGGCGGACAAGAUCAACAUCGCACUCGAGACGGCAAAAGCCCUGGCGACGGCAGCAUACAUCGAGAGAGCUGCGCAACGCUUAGCUUCGGGCGGUGUGAUUCAACAGCACCAACAGCAGCUGCUGCAGCAGCAGCAUCACCAGAGCCAACAUUCGAGUGCAAAAAUGAGCGGUGCUGGUGUGGGCGGUGGUGAAAUCGGUGGCUACUGCGGUGCAAUCCAACGAACGCCCCCACCGGUGCCCGCCGGGUUGGCUCGCAGGAUGGCCAACCGAGAGGUCGUAGGACUGGGCAAGGUCAAAGUAAUGCUCCGGGUAUCGGAUGACCCUCCGAAAGCGUCGGCCCCAGCAGCCGGCGAAGAGCCACAAUCACAAUCCCAGCAACAGCAACCGAGUCCACCGAGCUACCUGACGGUGGACAAGAAGAAGCGCCAGGUGACGCUGUGUGAAACGCAAACAAACCUCGCCGGCAGCAGUGCGGCAACUCAGGAACGAGGCCCAAUGGUAUCGGCGCCGAAAAUGUUUGCAUUUGAUGCAUUAUUUACGACCGAGGACUCGCAGCAAGACGUUUGCGGAAGUGCACUUUCCGAAGUGAUACCAGCAGUACUGGAAGGAUCCGAUGGAUGCCUGCUGUCGCUGGGAUAUCCAGGCGCAGGACAAUCUCGCACCAUGUUCGGAGCGCUGACCUCGCCCCCGUCCGAACUCGGCGCCAUUCCGUGUGCCAUCGCCUGGCUGUACAAGGGAAUUAAUGAGAAACGUCAGAAAUCAGGUGCGAGAUUCUCGGUCCGUGUCAGUGCUCUAGGCGUGAACGCAACCAAACCAGGAUCAUCGUCUAGGGAUUUGCUCGCCGGCCAUGCGACAGAAUCCGACGACUCUCCGGGGAUGUACUUGCGGGAUGACUUCCUGGGGCGACCCACCGAGCUACGUGCCCCGACGGCCGAGAGGGCAGCCCUCUUCCUGGACCUGGCGCUGUCCGGCCGGGCGCAGGGCAGCGGUAAUUUCGAGCCAGCACUAAUUUAUACGCUGCACGUCUACCAGUACAGCUUGUCCGGCAAGUGGGGAGUUGAAGGUGGCCGAAGUCGACUGCAUCUUAUCGAUCUCGGAGGUUGUGCCAAUCGGAGCGGGGGUCUACCCCUGUCUGGCAUCGGUAAUGUACUACUAGCGAUCCUGAGCGGACAGAAGCAUCCACCCAACAGGGACCAUCCGUUGACGCCUCUGCUGCGUGACUGUUUGGCUCCGCUGACGUGUCACGUGGCGAUAGUUGCACACGUAGCGCACUCGCAGACUCACACGGAUACCCUCACAACGAUCCAACUGGCGUCACGCAUCCAUCGAUUGCGUAGACGGAAACCCCGUCACCAUUUGCUGGUUGACCGAGCAGCUGGUUUAGCGGCAUCCUCCGGAAAUCAAUCGGGAGGUUCAUCGGAGGGUCCUGAUCCGUCCAGUUCGGACUUAUCUCAGGAUACCGUCAUCUAUAUGGGACCGUGCGAUGAUGCCACCGAUGGUGAGCACCCACCCGUCUAUCUGCCAAGCCUGAAUUCCGGCGACAAUCGAUGUGCAAUGAACAAAGCUCUCAAGGGAUCGGUUGCCGAGAAGCCGUCCAUUACAGCAACCGCCUCGCCUCUUAAAAAGAAAACCGCGUCCAGCUCGAAACCUCAAAAUGCAAACGCUACUCCAAUACCAACCCGCACCGACAGCUUAAAGCGGAACCAAUCCUACAGUCAGCAGCCAGCAGCGGGCGGUCCGGAGCUGGUAGCCAGCGCUAUCCAAAUCGCUUCCCAGCAUGCCUCCCCUAAAGUGGUUGCCGGAGCCUUUAAGCACGUGAUCGGCGUUAGUAAAGGCUCCAACAUUCCAACGCCGAAGGGUUCACCAAUGAGGCGGCCCAAUGUAGCAGCAGCAGGAGCAGUCGCGGCGAACGCCAGAGAAAGUCCUUCCCGACAAGUCAGCGAAGAAAAAUGGAUCGACGGUCCGCGGGUAUCGAAAUCCAAAGUUCACGAAGCGCGACACUUUAUGAGGGAAAUAAAUCAUGUGAAAAGUCAUGAAACAUGGAUAGAUGGGCCGAAAACGGCAAGUGCCACGCAGGUGUUUACUUCAGCAGCGGCUCUCAACAGCCAGGGAUACGGAUUCAUGGAUAACCACAAGAAAUCGAUGAUCCGACAGUGGGUUGAGAACCAAUCCAUGCAGCUACUGCAACAGUCCAUGUCCGCCAACAACUCACCUGCUCGAAGUAGACACCAGAGCUAUAAUCCGCCCAGAUUCAAACCAAGUAAAUCGGACGAGGAUGGUUUCGUGCUAGAACUGGAGCGACAGGAAGAACUUGUGAAUCCCAUCGCAUUCCGAGGAUUCACCGCCACCAGUGGAGUCAUCAACAGUUCCGAAAGUCACGUGCGCACAGGACUGAAACAAGCGUACAGUUUGGAUAAUCCCGAAACACAGCCAAUCACAAGCAUGAGCAUACCGUACUCUACAACGGUGGGGACUACCAUGAACACUACAGCCACAACCACCACCACAUCCUGCACUGCCGUCAAUAAUCCUCCACCCACUGCCAACGACAAUCAUUCGGAGAAGUCCCAUCCGCCAUCGACGCAUGCUAGCGAGAAGCCAACAAGUAAACACGGUGAUAGUCAGGAAGAGGAAGACCAGGACAGUGGCCCAUCGGAAGUGCCACCGGCGCUACCGCUGAUGGAUCCGCUGGGAUCUCGGGAGAUUUCUCACGAGAGCAUCCAUCGGCUCUGUUCGAGGCACGUUUCGAGAGACAACAUGAGCAUACACAGUCACAACAGUCACAACGCCGGGAUGAUGGAUUGUGGACUACAGGUGACGGAAGAUGAUAUCGCGAGGACGAUGGGAGGAGAGCAUCCCCUGAGUGCUUUAAGUCACGGCGACGUUUCGGUGGUAUCGAGCUUCAACGUAGGUGGAGAUGUUUUUAGCGAUUGUGUUAUUGGAGAUAGCAUGCGAAACCAAUUCGACCAGCUGGCCCGGCUACGGGAGAUCUUCACCUCGCAGCUGGCGAUGGCCGAAGUGACACCGGCCUUCCGACUGGGAGACGCCGGAAGUGUGUAUAGCGAGCCAGCCUAUCGCUUCAACACCGGCUCGGCGAGUGUCUGCAGUGAACCCGCAUACCGCCCACCAAGUCCCCGCUGCCGUGACUGUCGACAAUCGCUCACCCUAUCCCGAACGCCCAGCCAAACCUCGCUGCCAAGUUUAACGGGGAUCGUCGCGAUAGCGGGGAUGGAACAGUACGCAUCCCUACGCCAUCCCGACGGGGCGUCCGAUCCGAAUUUGCCAAAACUAGAGAAAAACGACGAGCUGCUCGACCCGGAGGAACAUAUCCGGGAGAAUCCUCUCGCAGCACUAGACGAGCAGGAAGCCCUGAAAGGGAGCACCUCUCUGUUGCCCCAACAAACCCUACCAACGCUACCACUCCUGCCGCUGUCCACGCCGGAGGCUUACGAUAGUGGACACGAUUCCACGCCCCGCACCUCCAAACAUUCCGGUAUCUCGCGAAGGGCGGAGAGUGGGUACCACAGCGUGGGAACCGUCCGAGACAGUGAUGAGUCCAGUUUCGCCUCGGGCGCCUCCCGGGCGCAUCCGAAAUCCAAGAAACGCAACCGCAACGACAAAUCGCUUUGUCACUGGCUUCGGAACCCGUUCAACUGCACCUACCCGGACACCGAAGGGGACGUGAGUGAUUUCUAGGGACACGUGUGAGGUGCAUCCCCCCGCCGUCGUCAUGCUAAGUAGCUUAAUUUUUUCAGUUCAUCAACGCCGAGUUACUUCUCUUGCGUUAGCGUUGUCUGUUGAAUCGGAGAGAAAAUCCUGUAAGAUGUUCUUCAAGGAAAGGAAACACAACCAGAGAAGAGAACUCAGAAGACAAUAAACUAAAUCGGAUUUUCAUGUUUUAUGUUGCUCCUUGGAAUAUGUUUUAGCGAGAGAGAGAGAGAAAGUUUGAGAUAAAAGAGCUAUUAAAUUAACUAUAUCUCCUAGUGUCUGUGAAGUAACAAAAAACGAUCGAUAAUCUGCAGUGUGCUUACAUUCGCAUUCGUAGACUUCGUAGCAUGAUAGGUUUUAGUGUUUUCUUUUAAGUUUCGAAUCGACGGUGCACAUGAAGAGGAACUCUAUUUGUACAGUACAUAGUUUUAGAAAAUGUCGAUACGAAACGAAACAACGCAAACAAACAACUUCCUGAUCCUACAACUCUAUCGUUGUUCAUAAAGUAAACUCUAUACAGUCAGUGUUCUGCGCUAUCACUCGUUACCUCACUGUUUCAGAAAGAUUGGUUUUGUUCGUUGCGCUUCAAUAUGUCUAUUUACCGUUAUCAUUCAGUGGGCACAGGCGGUAACAACUAUACUGGGUAGGAUUGUUUAUUUUCGGCGAAAUCUUAAAUUAACCUUUAUCAAUUUUUAACUGUAAAUAUAUGAAAUCGUGGUAUGAUUUCCAGCUUGAGUUUGAGCAAACAUGGACUGGAUCUUUGGAUUAGUGUUUGAAAAAUGAAGUUUGGAUGAGUUUGAAAAAAUUGGUUAUAGUAGAUGGGAAAGUGUAAAUCAAAAUUCACUUUAGUGGUAUGAUCUUUCUGAUCGGAAUCUCUGGAGAUACGCUUUCCAGAUAAAUGACAAUUGUGUGUUCCGAAAUUAUUCUAGGUUGCCGAAGAAUUUAAUGCAUCUCUCAAAUUAACAACAUGACACUUUGCUCAAGAGAGGAGUUAUUAUUUGAAUUGAUGUUUUCCAGAAGUUCGUGCCGUCACUGAUGACAAUCAAAUCGAGACGCUGAACACGAUUCACACUCAAUACAUGACACGUAAAUCAGUAGAUACUCUACAGAUAUGGUUAGCUAAAUCGCUACAAUAAAUGGGUGUCAGAAAACACACAAUUAGACCGAAAACAAUUGAUAUUAGCAUCUGAGACUCGCUUCUUAACGCAACAUGGAGCAAACCGUGACGUAUGAUGAGAUAUGGAUAGUUUCCAACAGCGUUGAGCAAAAAAAGUGUUGGUUUUCACCCAAUGGAAUCGGAAAAAAAACUCAAUAUAAUGAGCUUCUAUUAAGCUUGGUUAUUUGAUAAAUUCCAACAAGCGCAACUGAACGAAAAGAAGGAACCGACUCAGGACAAAUGUUAAGAAUUAACCAAAGAGUAGAUUGUGUUCCACCUGGACAAUACCAGACCUCACAUCUCGAUAGCCACCGACCAAAAAUGUUUGGGGUUUGGUUGGAAUAGCACUUUUUAAGGGCAAAAUUGACUCUUUGAACGUCAUAAAAAAGCACCUUCAAAGUUUUUUGACGGGAAUCCAAACCUAUUAUUUUCUGUAAAAAUCGACACAAACCAUCCAGAUAACUCAAAUGUUCACGGCUCGGAUUCCGACGACAAUAGCAUAUUUCAAUUUUUCAAUUUUAAUUGAUAUGUUAAAAGAAUCACCAAAUCGUGAUUAUUGUGAUCCAAGAAAAAAAAUUGUACAGAAUAUUUUCCUCGAAUUUUCGACCUUGAGUUCAUCAACCGUGGUAUACUGCUUUCCCCUCAGCGUAGAUUCUGCGUACAAGUAUCCUCCAAAGAUUUCCAACAGGAUGCAGACCGGCCAGUCCAAUAAGUCAAGUUUUUGGUAUGCGGCAUUGUUUUACGAUAUCUACACAAAAUCGGUAGGGAAGGAUGUGAGAGCUAUCUUGAGUUUUCCGGUGGCACCGAAUCCUGCCCAAACCAUGCGCCUCCAUCAAAGUUCCUGGUUGAUCAAUACUAUCCCUCCUUUCGUAAAUCAUGCCAGUACCCGUUGAAACCAUCAGGACCAUCCAAAUUGAUUUUUUUCGUCAUUGAAGGAAACCUCCCCAAGUAAAAAGUAAAACAAAAUCCGUCUUACAUCGAAGAACCUUUCGUUAUGGUAUAUAGCAAAAUGUAUUUUUUGAAAACAUUGUUUGUCAUAACCAUGUCCCAUGUCGGUUCAUGUGAACUUUGACAAAACUCAGACGUCUUUUGAUGUGAGGUGAUGUAAGAUCAGCAGCUUUAACCUUUUCAACCUUUCAAUUGUCUCCCGGGAAACAUUUAAAUUCAAAAAAUUUAUUUGUAAAAGCGAUGUUGAGGCAUUCGAAGCUGUUCUAACUAUGUCCCGCUUAUACUGUUCAGAGAGCUUCGAUUCACUCUCUUCUUCUAACGGUAUCCUUGAGUAUUCGCCAAAUAACUGAGCACUACUUGAUGGGAUCGUCCAAUCCGACGAGCAAUUUCUCAGAUCCCAACAUUCUCUUCGAUUUACUGUACUGUAGUACUGUUUUUACACUACGGACUGUAUACUAAGGGUCAUUAUUCUGUGUAAAUUUUCAAUUUAGUGGUAUUUCCCAUUCCGCUUGCAUUACGUUUUCCCCGAUCUCAGCUUAGAGAUACUGAUACAUUAUCAUUUUCAUCCAGAUUCGACCACUGCGUUCAAGGACAAACAUCGCCAAACUAUGAGUUUUCUCUUCCAUAUUAAGAUGUUUGGGUUGUGUAUUGUGGCUUGAUAAAGAGUCAAUGAAAUGGUGGACCCAGCAUUACUGGUCGACUCGGAUCAAGUUCAAUUUUAUUUCGUCUAACCAUAGAGUUUCACCUCAUUACCAGUGGGCCAGCCCAAUCGGAAUGAUUAUGCGCCAUUUUUAGUCGUCAUUGAUGUUGCUUCCAUGUAAUUGGAUACUGCGAACCUCUGGUGGUGCUUCUACCAAAGAGCUGCUUGUCAACAAGAUGUCCUGUCUGAAUUAUCCUAUAACUAUCGGACAAGCUCUACCUGUUGCCGAUUUGAAUUGAUUGAUGUUAGAAAAUCGUUCGAUGUGACCAUCGUCCUUAACUGUAGUUUUCUGGGGUUGCCAGUAGCUACGAGUGAUUCACGAUCACGAAGGGCAUUGAUAACGAGUGUUUCCAAUCAUCGGAGAAAAAUCACAUUUUCACUAUCAUAUGAUCAAUUUAAAUAACAAUUUAUUUGUUCAAAGAAUGUAUGCAAAAUCAUUGAUUUUUUUUACGUAGGACUACGUCUUACAUUAAGGGUGACAAAUCAGAAAACAGAUCACGUUUUUAUGAAAUAAAGUAAACGUUAAUAACUUUUUUUACUGCGAUUUUAACGGAUUUUAACGAUUUACAUACCAAUCGAAUCAGAACUUUUCUAUGAUUUGUUUGAUAUGCUAUUACAAUCCCAUUACAAUCCCAUAGUCUGUAUAUGGUUUAAAUUGAUGAAAAUGGGAAGCAUUUCCAUUUCCCCAUGCAUUUGUUCUGUCCAUUUGUGUGCUUUCCCGAACAGAGCUGUCAAUAACGGGAAACUUAUGCAGCCGCUAGAAUGGAAACAACGAAGGAGGAUAGCAAAAAGAGAAUAUUUGCGAAGUUAAAUUCCACCCUUGCAAGUAAGCUGUCGCUAGCGUACAAGUAUUGCAUCUACUUUGAGGAAAAUUCUCAGAAUCUUUCUGUGCCUUAUUCUGCAACAAAGGUCCCUUAUUUUUUGUUUUGUGUUUUAUGUUUCUCCUCGAGCUGUGGCGUGUGUUACUUGUUUUCGUUGAGCGAAACUUAGAACUUGUUAAUUUUCUGUACAUGUGAAUAGCACACCUUCGAUACUUUUAGUAACCAUUUUAUCGAUUCUUCACAAACGGUCAUACUCGCGAUAUUUCAUUUUUAUCGCUGCAACUGUGUGCAUCUCUUAGACGCGUGUUUGAUGCUUGUUGAAUGGCGAUGCACGGAAGAUGCCUCUCGUUAAAUACACAGUGCAAGGCGUGCAUUGAUAUAAGGAGCGAGUAAAAAUUGCGACAUAUGACCAAUUAGUGUAUUGUUCUCGCAAAGCCAAGAAAGAAUCGUUGCUUUUCGAAAUGAUUCUCCGGAACUAAUGAGUUAUUUAUGAAAUUCCGACGUAUUCGCAAAUAAUAUCCGAAAUGAUAAACUAACAAAUUUAAAAAAAAGAUUGCAUAGUCCUAUGUCGUGUCUCGGAUACAACCCCUCGAUGGUGGUUCUCAGAUAUUCGUGAAAAGUGAGCUUGAGCUUCAGCUUGGGUAGACUGUACAAUUCGUAGUUGCUCUCCGUGAUUGACCUGAACCAACCAAAUUGCACAAAGAACACACAGAAUGACGCUUUGGACUAGCAAAUCAUUCUCGUUGUGCAAUUUUCGGUGAUUCGAGCUUUAAAUGGUCAAUAACGACGCCGGCCACGUCCUUACAGUCACCAGGGGAGGGGAAGGAAUGUUAGUAUGAUAUUCGCCGCCCGAAAGCCAGAAGGGUCGCCUCUAUAGCGUGGUUCCCUAGCGUUUAUCAUGGGAGGGAUAGUUGUUAGUGGGGAAGGUAAGAAAUAGGAUUCACUGUGGUAAGUGAUGUGAUUAUGUUAACGCGGACUUUAAAUGUAGUACUCUAUUGCAAUCUUUGAUCGUGACGCAGGAGAUUUUUAUUCAGUUGCCUAACAAGGUAACCGAAAGAUCUUCUAGAAUAAAUCGCAUCGGUCAUACAUACUUUGACUUUUCACGUGACGUUUUUUUUAUACGCUUUUAAACCAAAUUACUUGUUGUAAGUGUGUUGUAAAAUAAUAAAUUAUAAGUUCGAUUUUUAGAGAAUGAAAAGAAAAGUAAACAUAGCAAAAUAUUUUGGUUUAUCUAUUAGGCUGGUACACAAUUACGAUACACCUAAUCAUGGUGAUAAAAUCACUGCAAUAAUAAAAUAUUGCAUUUCUGGCAGCCACUGGAUCAUCUUCUUGCAUCACUUUGGUUAUAUUAUUUCAUCGAUAAAUCACUUACACUGAAACUUGAAGCACGACAGCAUUUUUUAUUUCCCACAUACACAAACACAGUCGCGUAGAGAAAGUCCACUCUACUAUAACAAAGAGGAUGGAGAGAAAACAUGUCUUUGCAUGUUGAGCGUUUCGCGAAAAUCAAACGGGCUCCGCCAUGUGGAUGGGCUAAUCAAUCACUUCAUUCGUACAAAGAAUUUCAUUAAACUGCACUAACACUUCGUUUCCAAAUUUCAAAUUGUUUUCCCGAUAGACUGAACACUUUUUUAAACGUAUUAAAAUUGUGAAGAAAUGCUCAGAGCGCAAACGCGCGCGUCUGUCUUCCAUCGCUGCUCAACCCGAACUCCUUCUCAGAUAUUCGUGAAAAGUGGUAUAUUUAUUCUUUAUCGCAAAAAACUAGACCCGUAUUUUUUUACUUUUUUGUUAGGGUGACCAUUACCGUUUUGGGGUGAUCCGAAAAAUUACUUUUAUCUCAUUUUUCCUAAAAUGACUUUUUUUCAAACUCAUAACUUUUGAACUACUGGACCGAUUCUAAUGAUCGAAAUAUAAAAUUAAAGCCAAUCACCUUGUCUUUUUAGGAAAAAUACUCCAGUUGCAGAAUAUUUACACUUUGUUUCCGUUAUUGUUGAUUGUAUAUGUUUUUCGUAGUUUCAUGGUCUCGGGACCAAGGGAGUUUUUUUUAUAUUUUUUCUAGAAAGCUGAACAUUUUUUACGUAAAAAAUAAUCGGGUCCAAUUGUUUGCGAUAAAGAAUAAAUAUACCACUUUUCACGAAAAUCUGAGAACCACUAUAUCGGUUUGCCAUGGAAUGGCUGAAUAUGUAUUUUGAGAUAUAUUGAUUUCAUUCUACUUAGAAUUAUUGCUGUAAUCAACGUUUAAGUACCAUUCGCACCUUGAUGAGUGACUUUUUUCAGUAAUAUACAGGUAUACUAGGGUGCCAAUGAAACUGGUCACCUCGAAUUUCAAAAAUCCCACAUUCACCCACAAAAAAAAUGUUCACCACCUCGAAAAAACACCCUAUGCAAAAUAUCAGCUCAAUCGGACGAGAGAUGCGCAAAACGGUCAAAAUUUGAGUUUUUUGAAAAUCAAAAAAUUACCCAAGGGGGGAGUAAAGGAAAUCGGGAUUAUCGAAAAAAAAAUUUUGAGAUGUCUUAAAAUUGCAUGAAGAUUUAGUGUCAUCUCGAAAGAAAUUUUUGUCAAAAAUCGGCAUUCUGGGACUUAUCUUUUUUUCGGAGUACGAAACGAAAAGGACGGUUUUGGGUGCCAAUGAAAAUAGUUAUCUCGAUUUUUCAUUAGAAACUUGCUACGAAAUGUUGAUUUGCACGAUAAUAUACCCUAUGCAAAAUAUUAGCUCAUUCUGACUUCAUUUACUGGUGUCACAAACGUUUAAAUCACUGAAAAUCGAGGUUUCCAGAAAAAAAAACUGAUGCCAAAUUUCUUAAAAUUGCAUUACUUGUCGAGAUUUACAGUUAUCUCAAAGUAUUUUUUAGAUAACUGUUAAUCUCGGCUUGUCAUGCAAUUUUAAGACAUUUGGCAUCGAAAAUUUGUUUUUAAAACUUCGAUUUUCAACAAACUCAGACUUGUACCGCUUUGCGCCACUCUCCCUUAAGUCCGAUUGAGCCAAAACUCCUCCUUCUCCCGACAAGAAAACAAUCCUUUCCGCUCGACGCUGUGCGGAAACCAUGUUGUCACCAAACGAGAAGUGGUCAAAUAGCGGAUGGCUUAUUUAAACUAAAUAUGUUGAAAACGGACAGAAACGAAUGUAUCAGUUGCUCGUUAUUGACAGCUCUGUUCGGGAAUGCACACAAAUCGGCAGAACAAAUGCAUUGGAAAAUGAGAAUGCUUCCAGUUUUCAUUAAAUUAAACUGUGUAGGCAUUGGUGGAUUGUACUGUAUAGUGUAUCAAACGAAUCUUAGAGAAUUUACGAUUCCAUUAGUGUGCAAAGUAUCAGAAUUUGUUCGCUGUGAAAAAAGUUAUUAACGGUAACUUGAUUUCACAAAAAUGUGACCUGUUUUCUGAUUUGGCACCCUUCCUGAAAGACGUAGUUCUACGUCAAAAAAUCGAACAGAUUAUGAAUCAGUAAAGAUGCCGCUAUCGCAUGAACCUCGGACAAGUCGAAAACAUCUUUUUUGACAAAAUGGCGGCCGUUUGAAAAACAAAAUGCGGUUUAAAACGUAUUUUAUUACGUUUCCGAUAGACAUAGACGCGAUAGACAGAUGCAUACAGAUUGUAUUCAUAUAAAUUCGACAUGAAUCGGUUCAGUAGAACGUGAGAUAUUGUGUACGCCAGUUUGAAAAAACUAGUUGCGAGAAAAUUUGAAGUUCAUUGUUAGAUACUACAUCACUAAAUAGCUCUAACUCGGUAAAUAAUAGGAUUUUCGAUAAGUCCUUACUGCGGUGUAUCCUUGAAUGCCUAAACUACAGAAAUAUGAAGGAAAAAAAUGGAUUUUUUUUAAAUUUCUAAACUAGAAUACUGCCUCAAAUUGGAGAUUGAAAAACUUUUUCAAUUUUUCUCUAGCUUGUAGCCUUAUUAAUUCGUCCGUAAAAACGUGGAAAACUUUUAACGUGGUCCUCAUAAUGCGACAACGAUGUUUCAUUCAAACCCGUCAUCGUGCUCGCUGCAAAAAUUUGUUUGGUCGAUUUAAUGGUUUAUAUCGAAUACUCCCAGCUGAUUGGAUAAACCGCAUAGUUCUGGGUCGAACAAUUUCGGGUUAGAAUCCAAUUUGUACGUAAAGUGCUGUAUCUUUAUGAUGUAUAUUUUCCCCUUGAUUGUUUUCAAGAUGUCGCAUUAAUUCGCAUUAAAUGAAACGUACAGUAACAGCUUGUUAUAUUCGAAACUAAAGAUUUAUUUUGGUCUAUCGGGAGGAAGUGAAACUGGUUUAUUCUCUAUGCGUACUGAAACAUCGAUUCUUUCAUUUUUGCUGUCGAAUGUCAUCAAUUUGGAAAGCAGAAAUUAAAACUGACGAUUAAAACUGCUCGAAUGGGCUUGAAUUCAUUAUCAUUAUAAAAAAAGUUGUAUUCCCCAUGCAAAAUAACGUUCGCGCUAUUCAAUUGAAUGUUUCAUUCAUUUAAUUUCUUCAAAAUGGAUUGCCCCGCACCGUCUUCCAAAAAAAAAUGGUAAUUGCCAAUCUGAUGAAGCUCCAGUAUUAACGGCAGCACUGCACUGCCGUUCUACGCUUAGUUGUCCCAUGUUACUUUAUGACAACAUCAAGCUCAAUUGUGCCAUGUUAAUAUUCUAGGCAUUACUGACCCUCCAUGUAUUUUUGUAGAUCCAAGUACAAGAAUUUUAUGUCACGCUUUCAACAGAGCUAAUGCACUCAUUUCUAUUUUGGAAAAACGAACUAAUUCUCAAAGGAAAAAAAAAGUUUAACAGAACACGUUUACACCUUGUUAGCGAAUGUCUAAUUAUUUUUAUUCUGCAAAGGUGUUGCAGAUCACUCCCUUCUUCAUAAAACAAUGUUUUUGUUAUGCAAAAUCUUUCGGAAAAAAAACAUCAAGCUUUAUGUCAAAGCUGACAUAAAAACGGAGCUCACCAACCAGUACGGGGAAAACCGGAACCACAUGGGGGUAACAUCGGCCCCCUAAAUUUGUCAGUAAAUAUACUUGAGGCCAGCUGAACUAGUUUGAAUGUGGCAACCGCCAAAUGGGAGGUAUUCUAUUUCUAGAUGUCACUAUCGAAUAUGGUUCGAAUCGCUCAACUGAUUCCGGAGAUAUGGUCGGUACAAGCUCCGGUAAACAUGGGAUAUGGAAAAUAAUGGAAUUUGAUAUUAGACAAAUCUAUCAUGCGACACCUCAAACCACACCACAAUUCAAUUACUGAUUCAAUGGAAUUUAGGUCCUAGUUCCGAGCUUACCACCUUUCACAAAAUGUGAUCCUGUAAUGUAUACCUGGGGAUUUUAAAGUCUUGGAAGCACGUUUGACAGAAACUCCACCAACGAAAACCUCUUUUGCAAGGUUGAGGAUCUCCGGGGACCCACUCUCACAAUUCAAUUUUCUUGAGAGCUGCGAGGCAUCUGAAAUAGAUGGAAAAUAUGUCCCAAUAACCUUCAACUAACUGUAAAUCAAGCCGGGCUUACUCCACUCAAAAAGGGUGACGGUCUUACCCCAACAGCAUACAUUUUUUAAAGAGACCAUUUCUAUUGAUUUAUUUAGAAUAAAAGCUUAAAUUCUACUACCGGGAAAUUACAUCCGGUUGCGCAUCAUCAGCACUCGCGUUUGUUUUUAUUAAUAUUUUAACAUUUGACGAAUCACGUUGAGUUGGAUUUGUUUUAAAACGUCUAAAAUAAUAAAUAUUAACAUGUACAGUAGGGUGCCAAUGAAAAUGGUCAUCUCUAAUUUCAAAAAGUUACCUCAUAAAAAAUGUUCACCACCUCGAAAAAACACCCUAUGCCAAAUUUCAGCUCAAUCGGACUUAUGGGAGAAUGGCGCAGAGCGGUCAAAGUUUGAGGUUUUUUGAAAAUCGAAAAAUCACCCAAGGGAGGAGUAAAGGAAAUCGGGGUUUUCGAAAAAAAAAAUUGUUGAUGCCAAAUGUCUUAACUGCAUAACUCGUCGAGAUUUACAAUUAUAUCGAUUUUUUUUUUCUGAAAAAAAAUUUUUUUUUUGGCACCUGGUUGUUUUUUGACGUAGAACUACGUCUUUCAUUAAGGGUGCCAAAUCAGAAAACAGGUCACGUUUUUAUGAAAUAAAGUUAACGUUAAUAACUAUUUUUGCCGCGAACGGAUUUUGGCGAUUUACAUUCCAAACGAAUCGGAAGUUCCCUAAGAUUUGUUUGAUAUUCUAUACAUCACAAUCCCCUGGUGUGUAAAUGGUUAAAAUUCAUGAAAACUAUAAGCGUUUCCAUUUUCCCAUAUAUUUGUUCUGCUAAUUUGUGUGCUUUCCCGAACAGAGCUGUCAAUAACGAGCAACGAAGGGGAAAUCGUAAGAUUUGAAGUCUCCGUGAACAAAGGAAAGGAAGAAGAACGAAGGAGAAUAUUUGCCUAGAGUAUAAACAGUGGAUGUCGGUGAGGCAAACUUUCAGUCUCGUUCUGUUUUCAAAGCAAUGAACAUCGCUUGUUCUUCCUUGUUUUGCGUCAUUACAUGCCUUCGUUUCGGGUUGAGCUGUGGACGCGACCAAGUUAUUCAUUCCCUGAUGUCUCUGGUAUUGCAAUUAUUGCAUCAAACUGACGCCAUUACAUUAAGUUUCUAAGCUACACAAUUGUGUGGGGAAUCAUCAAGCUAAGCUUAUAAAUGUUCUGGAAUUUGGUCUUUGAUUUAGUUUCGCAUGGCGGUAGCAAAACCUUCUCCACCAAGGAUGGCAGCUAAGCUAAUCUAGACCGGCAAUAUUAACAGAAAGGGCUUCUAUUGAAAAGAGCGCAAAAUGGUGAUAAGUGUGUGUAUAUUCAGUUGCUUCAAACCAUCGAAAUAUAGAUAUUCAUGUGCGUAUGUGCGUGUUUCAUAAACCCUUACGUAAAAAUAAUGCGGGAGGGAAAUAUUUGCGUUAGGGUAUUAGUAAUGAAUCUUUGCUGAGGCAAAUAUUCAGUCUUUUCCCAAGCAGUUAACAUUGUUCGUUUUCCGUCAUCAUAAAGGCUUCGUUGGCGCCUUUGAAUUGCAUUCGUUGAAUUGAACUGCCGGUAUGGUUAAACAGGCGUUAAGGUUGUGCACCAAAAAAAUAUUUCGGGAAUAUCAAGCAUCUUGAAUGUCGUUCUGGAAUGUUAUAAGUUAUUUGGGUUCGCGUGCCAGUCGAAAAACUACUUUCAACUAUGAUUGCGUUUGCGCUAAUCUUGAUCAUAAUGAAGCAAUACUACUCUUUUCGAGGUUGUUGAGAUCACCAGAAAAAGUUUAUUUCAUUUAUUUAGUCACCAGGAAAGUAAAUGUCGUUCUGGAAAUUUGUAUGUGAUUUGGUAUCGCUUGCUUGAUGACAGCUGUGCUUAUCUUGAGCAUGGAAAAGUAAUGCAACUUUUUUCGAGGCCAGUAAUAUUCACAUAAGCGUUUCUAUUGAAAAUAGUGCAAACUGAUGAGAAGUGUUUAUAUUUCUAGUAGCAAGUCACCGAUAUAUGGGUCUGCAUGCACAGUAUGGUCAACGCUUGUUUGGCGCUUGAUUUACGUUGUACGAAUAAUGCCUAAAGGUGAGAUUCCACUGAGAAAAUACUAAAUAACAUGUAGCAUGAUAUUGUUGUUGUUUCCAUUCGGUACCAAAGCUAUAUUUAUGUAGUAAUGAGAUGUGAAAUAAUGGUGCUGGUACAGCAAGUAGAUAAUCGACUGUAGAUGAGUAUAUGUCAAUUGCGAAAAAGGCCACCGGAAUAGAGUUCAAGGUGAAUUUUCAAUGCAUUGACAUGAAACAAAUUGCGACAUACGAUCAGUUCUGCGAGGGCAACAAUGAAUCACCAAUCAAUUAUCGUCAACUGAUUCUACAAUUAAAAAAAACAUUUCAUGGCGAUCAAAUCAUUCUGCUUAACCAGUUGAUUAACGGUUAUUUCUAAAAUUUCACAGCAUUAUAAAAUAAUAUCCGAAGUUAUUAACAAGCGACUUAUAUAAAAAAACAGCGUAGUUCUACGUCAAUAAUGCGGUUGUAUCUUGGAUAAUUUUUUGCCUGAAAAAUCGAUUUUUGACGAGAAAUUUUUUUUUUGAGAUAAUUGUAAAUCUUAUGCAAUUUCAAGACAUUUAGUACAAUUUUUUUUUAAACCCCGAUUUCUGGCGAUUUUUCGGUUUUCAAUAAACUCAGGUUUUAACGUCUGUGACACCAGUAAAUGAAAUUCGAAUGAACUAAUAUUUUGCAAAAGGUAUAUUAUCGUGCAAAUCAACAUUUUGUAGCAAGUUCCGAAUGAAUGAUCUAGAUAACUAUUUUUAUUGGCACCCAAAACCAUACUUUUCGUUUCGUACUCCGAAAAGUCCCAGAAUGCCGAUUUUUGACAAAAAAAAAUUUUCGAGAUGACACUAGAUCUCGACGUUUCAUGCAAUUUUAAGACAUUUUCGAUUUUUCGAUUUUCAAAAAACUCAAACUUUGACCGCUCUGCGCCACUCUCCCAUAAGUCCAAUUGAGCUAAAAUUCGGUACAGGGUGUUUUGUGCCGGUCUCCGUUCAAUUCCUGCUUGGUAUCGUAUGGAUUUUUUUUUUGUUUUUUACAAUUCUAAACAGACUUUUGAGUAGUGUUGGCCAGAGUUUCGGGGUGUAGCUAAAAGAUUUCAGAAAAUUCUAAAUACGGGUUGAGAAAAUCAACUCAACAACAAAACUGAGGUUUAUUAAAAGUUUCCCUUCCGUAGAAACGUACCAACGAUGAGUUGUUGCCAGUACUCAAUAAUUUAAUUCCCAAAAUUAAAUAGGCACACCUCGUGUUUCUGUAUUCCGUUGUCAAACUUGGAGGAUAUCCGACAUGUUAUUUGUCCAGCUUCGUAUUUGCACUGUACACAAUUGAACCCUGUGUAUUCCCUGUACCUGUACUGGUAAAAAAAAACGCCCAGAGAAAAAGUUUUAAAAACCAAUUCUCUCAGUACAAGAUCCAUCCGUUUGUAGCGAGUUCGGGACACACAAGAAAAAAAUGAAGUUGCAGGCGGCACAAGAUAUCAACAUGGAAUUUUCCAGCAACUGUUUGGUCGUCUGAAACGUAUUUACAAGGAAUUAUGCGACAAAUAUCGAUCAGAAAUAUCGAUACGAUUUUGUCAUACUUACAUUCAAUCAACACUCCAAAGCCUUUCUCACUUACUGUUAACUCUGUUCGCUGGUAUCGGGAUCAUAUUCAAAAUAUCCAAUUCUCGUUUACAGUGACUACCUCACCCAGUUUCUGCUUAUAGUUGAAAUUGCCUUGUUUGAAUUUUUGAACAUUGUAGUGAAAUGACAGAUAACACCACUUUAUUGUACUAAUCAUCAAACGGUUCGUGUCGAAAUUUCACGACAAGCUGAGGUUUUGCUCACAUGUUUUAUUCGUUGUAAUGACACAUUUUUUGUUAUUUUCACAAAAAUGGAAAACCCAAAUCUCGUUUGUUUACUUUAAAAGUUUUCCAAAAAAGUACUAAUUAAAUAAAAUCUUUUAUACAACUCGUCGAUCAAAAGAAUAUUUCCGUCGUAACAUCAUUUUAUUUAAGUUAGCAUUUUUUGGCUUCACUAUAACACACUCAGAAUGAAAAUGAACAGUCCUACCCUACGAAAAUAUGACCAGUUUAACGGAGAGUAAUAAUUACAAUCAAUGACAACUCAAUUCAAGAACUUUUUUAAUCAGAAUACCAUUAUUAUUUGAAACGCUUACAGAUGCCGUUUAUAAUUGGCUAAAUGAGAAUCAGACUGCGGCACAAUUGAUCAGACUAAUUCGCCCAACACCGACAAAACCGAACCUGUAUUAUGUUUGACUCCCAACAAUCGGAGCAUCAAUUCUCGUUCACAAUGCUCCAUUUCUCCUCGUUCAUAUUUUUCUCGCCAUCCGCGCAUCCUGGCUAUCGCGUUUGUAAUAUGUGUCACUAUACAUAUUGUUAGAGCAUAAAUCUGUUGAAUCGAAUGAUUUAAAUUGAAUUAAUUCGUAAUAAUAAAAAAAUAAUUUCGCCCGUCGCAGCGAACCAAAACAUAUAGCGUUGAUAAAUCAAUCCGACCUAUUAUAAAACCUCAUUCGAUUUCGAACAUUUGACUCCCUGCCGCUAACAGCGAAAUAUAUGUCCAGACUCACCCCUGACCCACGGUUUCGAACUAGCUGCAAUCGGUCAACUAUCCCAUCGAUUCCACCUAUUAUCAUCAUCGUCAUCAUCAUCGUCAACAGGCAUUUAAAAAAUGAAAAACUUGUUCCAAAAUUUUGCCAGCGCCAGCCGUCUGAUGAUGGUGGGAUCAAAAACAUAACAGGCACACAAUUGUUGAGCCAGGGAAGCAUAGCAAAAAAAAAAGAUAUAAAAAAAAAGAAACAACGAUACGCAAUUUAAAUCGAAAUGAAAAAUCAUACUCACGACGUGAACAAUUGUUUUCGGUUAACACUGCCAGCGGCGAUUAUUGGGGAAAAGUAAAUAAAAAAAUUAUAUUCCAUGCAAAUGCAGCGCUGAAAAUGUAUGAAAGCGAUACUCAUUUUUUUCUGUUGUUCCUUCUCCGGUUUUUCCGCAUCCCGUAAUCCUUACCCACUUUCCUGCGAGCGUAUACACACACACACACACACAUGGUACACUACACAAACAGCAGAGAGAGGAUAAAAAGCUUUUAUAGGAAUCGAAUAAUGAAAAACAAAAAAAAAGAGAAGAUGGAAAAAAAUGCAGCAGCCACAUCGUAAUCGAUGCAUAUUGUGCUACCAAUCAUACCAUUAAAGGAAGGAAUUAUUAUAUAUGAAAUAUUAUUAUUGCUAUUAUAUUAUACAAUAUUAUUAGAGAAAAAAUGGACGGCAAAAACGUGAAUAUUAUAAUAAAAAAAAGUAAUUUUAUA